AUGAUGGAGAACGUCGAUUUCUUUGGUGCAUGCCUCGACCCCGAGCUGUCCUCUCUACUCUCGAAGCUCCCUACAGCGCCCAAGACAUACACCGAGAACUUGCCCGCGGCGCGAGUUCGGUUCAACACCCUCUUUACCGAGGGUUUCCGCAGCGUUCAGCGAGCUCAGCUGCCCCCAGAUGAUGCAUACAUCGCCACAGACCACAGUGUUCCCGUCGACGGCGGCGUCAUACUCGUCCGCACGUAUCACCCCUCUUCACCCCAUGACGCUAGUUUCCCGUUGUUUGUCUGGACCCAUGGCGGAGGCUUUGUUUUCGGCGACGUUGAGAUGGACGACUAUUACAUGCGGAUCCUUGCGGUUGACCUGCAGAUCGUAAUCGCAAACGUGGAAUACAGAUUGGCACCCGAGCAUCCCUUCCCUACAAGCCUCAACGAUGCGUACGCGGCCGUCAAAUGGGCCAUCCAGAAUGCGAAGAGCAUACGUGCAGAUCCCGCCAAAGGUCUACUGAUCGGUGGACAAUCUGCGGGCGCAAACUUCCCGGCAGUUAUAGCCCAUCGCGCCAAGAUCGACCCUUUCUUUGUGAACUGUCCGAUCACUGGCCAGGCUCUCCAGAUCCCAGUUCUCCUUCACCCCGAUGCCGUCCCGGAACAAUACGCGGACAAACUCACUUCAUACGCCACCAACUACGACCCGCGUAUUCUGAACGAGGGCCAUAUGCGCGACUACUUUGAGAAGCUACGCGCGGCUCCGACCGAUCCGGAGCUCUCGGUUCUCCUCCAACCAUCGUUCACCGAUCUCCCGCCUGCAUACAUGCAGGUUUGUGGGAGAGAUCCAUUGCGAGACGAGGCCCUCGUCUACGGAAAUAUACUGCAGGAAUCCGGUGUGGCGGUCAAGAUCGACGAGUACCCUGGGGUGCCACAUGGGUUUCAUCUAGGCUUUCCUACGAGUCAGCUUGCGCAGAAGUUUGACAGGGACUUCCGCGCCGGGAUCGUUUGGCUCCUUGGAUGUCCCACAGCAUCGCCAGGAAGUUCUUAG